AAGGACAGAGGGGCAGGUUCUAUCUUGUCGAGUGCAAUAUAAAAGCGCGUCCUUGGGAAUUUUCACCAUCACGGAAGGAACCUUCAGUCUGACGAUAUGGAAGUGAAGUACACCGUCUGCUUAAUCAUCUUAGCGAUCGCCAGUCGUGAUGUCACCUCAACAACGACCACAAAAGACGUACGUACAGGUGUUCUUCUGCCAGAAAAAUUCAUAAAUGGUGUGAUAGACAUCGUUCAAAGCCAUAAAAACAAACCAACGCAGCAGCCUCAACCAAACCCUCCAUACCAGCAGUAUCCACAACAAUGGAACUCCCAAAACAACUACCAAAACGCUAAUUUUCAAAAUGGCUUCAACGCACAAUCCCAAUAUCAAGGACAGUUCAACGCACAGAACCAAUUUAACUAUCAAAACGGGUACAAUCAACAGAAUUUUCCAGCAACUGGUAAUUUCCAAGGCUUCGCUGGCAAUCAAGGUUUCACCACACAAGGCCAAAAUCAACAAUACCAAGUUGUCUACCAGAAUGUGCCAAAUCAAUUGAACCACGGCAGUCAAUAUGCCAGUGGAAGUGGGCAAUACAUAGGAACAAGUCAGGCACCCAGCCAACCAAGCGGUGGUCAAUAUCAAGGUGGUACAGGUCAAUAUCAUGGAACGACCGGUUCUUAUCAAGGAAAUUUGGGACAGUAUCAGACUAGUUCGGGACAGCACUAUCAAGGUAGUUCUGGAGCAGGUCAGCACCAAAGUAAUGGGCAGUUCCAAGGAAAUGGCAGCGAUGGAUCUGGACAAAUUAACGGACAAGGCUUCAUGGUGUCUAAUGGGCAAUCAGGACAAGGACCCACGUGUGUCUGCCAAGCAUGGACGAAACCUCAAGCUGAUGUGAUGAAUGAUCCGAUUCCAGAAAAGGUUGAAAAAGAUGUGAUGCAAAGUAGAAUGCUUUAAGAAUACGUUUGAAAGAUA